AUGCAACAACAAAACAGUGAUCCAUUUAUAUGUGGGGAUGGAGGUAGGUCAGGAUUGAUCUUCCCAGAACUCUCUCCAACCCUACCAUGGACUCUCCACCCGGUUCACAACUUUAACCCGGUCCACUUUCCAACCAACCCGGUCCAUGAUCAUGACGCAUUUCUCCUCCCUCCACCUCCAACACCAGAUGGAACUUUAUUCAGCAGAAGACCUCCUGGUCUACAAUUUGCAUACGAUUGUCCACCAUCAGACCACCUCAGAAUCACGCCCGACCCAUUUGGUCAGGUGGUUCAACCCGGUUCAGCUCCCUUUGGUCUCCAAGCUGAGUUGAAGAAGAUGGCUGCCCAGGAACUCAUGGAUGCCAAAGCUAUUGCUGCCUCCAAGAGCCACAGUGAAGCUGAAAGGAGACGAAGAGAGAGAAUUAACAACCAUCUUGCUAGGUUGCGUAGCUUACUGCCUAGCACCACCAAAACAGACAAAGCUUCAUUGCUGGCUGAAGUGAUACAACAUGUUAAGGAGCUUAAGCGUCAGACUUCUCUGAUAGCUGAAUCGAGUCCAGUCCCGACUGAGAUUGACGAGUUAACAGUUGAUAAUUCCUCCGAUGAGGAUGGUAAAUUUGUGAUCAAAGCUUCAGUUUGCUGUGAGGACAGGUCAGAUCUCUUGCCUGAUCUAAUCAAGACCUUGAAAGCACUGAAACUAAGAACACUAAAAGCCGAGAUCACUUCACUUGGUGGACGUGUGAAGAAUGUAUUAUUCAUCACUGGGGAAAAAGAUUCGAAUUCCAUCGAUCCACAACAGCAGCAACAAGAUCAAUACUGCUUAAGUUCAUUACAAAAAGCACUUAAAGCAGUGAUCGAGAAAGCAAAUGGGGAUGAGUCUUCUUCAGGGAGUGUUAAGAGACAGAGGACUAAUUUCAAUAUCCUAGAGCAAAGGUCUCUUUAAUUUGCUAUGACCUCAGAGCUCUUUUGCAUAAUGUUUUUGUUUUUUUGGUGAGCUUGUGUUUUGAGUAAUGCUGCAUUGACCAAAUAAUGAGACUAAAUUAACGAUGCGAUGCUGAAGUGUUGGUAAUGAUAAUGCUUAAAUAAAAGUUUCUGAUAAAAAUUAGAAAUUUUGAAAAUCAAUAGAUGAACUGAAAUGUUGAUUUCUUAGUCGUCAUAACCAUAUCUGGUUGGUCUCGUUGUAUGAUAGGUGUAGCAUUUCGAGUUGUUUUUAUCAUCAAAGUCGGACUUUUGCAGGUAUAUAACAUAAUCGCUAAAACUUGUUGUCCUACUUAUUUUUGAAAAUCUUAAUUUUAC